AUGGCCUCCGAAUCUUCACCAUCAACUCAGAGUGGUGAUGCAAUCAACGUCUUCCAAAUUCUCCAUCAACAUCGAACAAGUCUGGUGUCGGGUCCGGAUCACAUAUCCACCCUAGACAGCAUUAUCGACCUUGGAAAUAGUUAUGCUGAUCAAGAAAAGCUUUCAGAGGCCGAGUCUCUGUAUAAGUAUGCUUUGCAAGGCUAUCGGAAAUUUGUCGGACAAAAUGCAGUUUCUGCUCUUGAGACUCUAGACUGUCUCGGGAUUGUAUACUCCGCAGCGAACGAACCCGAAAAAGCCAAGCAAAUGUACCUGACAGCGCUAGAUGGCAAAUUGGAGACUUUGGGCUCCGACCAUCGUUCUACACUUAUGACGGCGCACAAUAUCGGGAAAUUCUUCGCCGACCAAGGAAGUCUGGACGAGGCGGAAAUGUUGUACCGUCUCGUCUUAUCAAGAAAAGUAGAGAUUUACGGUUCUGAGCAUGUUUCUACCCUGAUCACAAUGAACAAUUUCGGAAUUGUUCAACGCCGACAAGGUGCGCUGGAGCAAGCUGAGGCUACAUAUCAACAAGCUUUGGCGGCUGGAAUGAAGAAUUUUGGUCCCAACCACACGGUGGUCCUUGACACUAUCAGCAACCUCGGGUGUCUCUACGAAGACCAGGGUCAAUUGAAGAAAGCAAAGCAUAUGUAUAAGCGGGCUAUGAUUGGACGUGAGAAAAUGGUUGGUCCUGAAGAUAUAUCCACCUUGGACGUGAUGAACAACCUCGGCGCUCUCUACCUAGCACUUGGUAAAAGCAGGAAGGCGCAAAAAAUCUACAAGCGGGCUUUUGAAGGCUACCAGAAAGUUCUAGGGCGCCAUAAUUCAAAGGUUCAGCAAGCAAGGUUUGGUAUGAUGGUCUCCAUUUAUCGUUCUCCGCGCAAGAGUCACAGGAUACUCAAAUUCCUAUGUGGAAAGAGUCGGAUCAUGGCAUGGUAG